CAGACCACCACCACGGCCACGCGGCCCCCGCGGGCGCUGCUCUGCCUCACGCUCAAGAACCCCAUUCGCCGGGCCUGCAUCAGCAUCGUCGAGUGGAAACCGUUCGAGAUCAUCAUCCUGAUGACCAUUUUCGCUAACUGUGUGGCCUUAGCCGUCUACAUCCCCUUCCCAGAGGACGACUCCAACGCCACCAACUCCAAUCUGGAGCGCGUGGAGUAUUUAUUCCUCAUCAUCUUCACCGUGGAGGCGUUCCUGAAGGUGAUAGCCUACGGCCUGCUCUUCCACCCCAAUGCCUACCUGAGGAACGGCUGGAAUCUGCUCGACUUCAUCAUUGUCGUCGUCGGGUUGUUCAGUGCCAUCUUGGAGCAGGCCACCAAGGGUGACGGGGCCGCGCCGAUGGGAGGCAAGGCUGCCGGUUUUGACGUCAAGGCUCUGAGGGCAUUCCGAGUACUCCGACCCCUCCGACUGGUUUCAGGAGUACCCAGUUUACAGGUCGUGUUGAAUUCCAUCAUCAAAGCCAUGGUCCCCCUGCUCCACAUCGCCCUCCUGGUCCUCUUCGUCAUCAUCAUCUACGCCAUCAUCGGCCUGGAGCUCUUCAUGGGCAAGAUGCACAAGACCUGCUAUCACGAGCACGCAGGCACGCUGGCGGAGGAAAAACCGGCGCCGUGCGCGCCCGACUUGGCGUACGGGCGACACUGUAACCACAACGGGACCGAGUGCAAAAUGGGCUGGGAGGGCCCCAACGACGGCAUCACCAACUUUGACAACUUUGCCUUCGCCAUGUUGACCGUGUUCCAGUGCAUCACCAUGGAGGGCUGGACGGACGUGCUGUACUGGAUGCAGGAUGCUAUGGGCUAUGAGCUGCCAUGGGUCUAUUUUGUCUCUCUCGUCAUCUUCGGCUCCUUUUUCGUCCUCAAUCUCGUUCUGGGGGUGUUGAGUGGAGAGUUUUCCAAGGAGAGGGAGAAGGCCAAGGCACGGGGUGACUUCCAGAAACUCCGAGAAAAACAGCAGCUGGAGGAGGAUCUCAAGGGCUACCUCGAUUGGAUCACUCAGGCUGAAGACAUCGACCCGGAGAAUGAAGAGGAGGGUCUGGAUGACGAUAAACCCAGAAACUUGAGCAUGCCGGCCAGCGAGAAUGAAUCGGUCAACACGGACAACGCGCCCGGAGGUGAUGUGGAGGGAGAGACCUGCUGCACCCGGCUAGCAAAUAGGAUCUCCAAAUCCAAGUUCAGUCGCUACUCUCGCAGGUGGAACAGGCUGUGCAGGCGCAAGUGUCGGGCGGCCGUCAAAUCGCAGCUUUUCUAUUGGCUGGUCAUCUUCCUGGUUUUCCUCAACACUCUCACCAUCGCCUCGGAACAUCACCAGCAGCCGCAGUGGUUAACGGACGUACAAGACAUAGCCAACAAGGUGUUGCUCGCACUCUUCACCGGUGAGAUGCUCUUGAAGAUGUACAGCCUGGGCCUUCAGGCGUACUUCGUCUCGCUCUUCAACCGCUUCGACAGCUUUGUGGUCUGCGGCGGGAUUCUGGAGACCAUCCUGGUGGAAACCAAGAUCAUGUCGCCGCUCGGCAUCUCCGUGCUGCGUUGUGUACGCUUGCUGCGAAUCUUCAAAAUAACCAGAUACUGGAACUCGCUGUCCAAUUUGGUGGCCUCCUUGCUGAACUCCGUGCGCUCCAUCGCCUCCCUGCUGCUUCUGCUCUUCCUCUUCAUCAUCAUUUUCUCCCUGCUGGGCAUGCAGCUCUUUGGCGGCAAGUUCAACUUCGAGGAGACCCGGCGGAGCACCUUUGACAACUUCCCCCAGUCGCUGCUGACCGUCUUCCAGAUUUUAACUGGUGAGGACUGGAACUCGGUGAUGUAUGACGGGAUCAUGGCGUACGGUGGCCCCUCCUUCCCCGGCAUGCUGGUUUGCAUCUACUUCAUCAUCCUCUUCAUCUGCGGAAACUAUAUCCUUCUGAACGUCUUCUUGGCCAUCGCUGUGGACAAUCUGGCCGACGCGGAGAGCCUGACAUCUGCCCAGAAAGAGGAAGAGGAGGAGAAGGAGAGGAAGAAACUGGCCAGGCUGGGCACGCCUGACAAGAGGCACAACAACGAGAAGCCUCCACUGGAGGAGGAGAAGAGAGAGAAGAUUGAGCUGAAGUCCAUCACUUCGGACGGCGAGAGCAACACGGCCACGAAGAUAAAUAUGGACGAUUACUGCGGCGAUGAGAGCGAAGAGAAAAAUCCAUACCCUGCAAACGAUUACAUCGGCGAUGAAGACGACGAGGAACCCGACGUGCCGGUGGGCCCGCGGCCGCGGCCGCUCUCCGACAUCCAGCUCAAGGAGAAGGCCGUUCCCAUGCCCAAAGCUCGCGCUUUCUUCGUCUUCAGCCACACCAACAAAUUCAGGGUUCUGUGCCAUAAAAUCGUCAACCACAACAUCUUCACCAACCUCAUCCUCUUCUUCAUCCUGCUCAGCAGCAUCAGUCUGGCGGCGGAGGACCCGGUGAAGAACGACUCCUUCAGAAAUGAGAUCCUGGGCUAUGCAGACCACGUCUUCACGGGGCUUUUCACCAUCGAGAUUAUUCUCAAGAUGACAGCUUACGGAGCCUUCCUCCACAAAGGCUCUUUCUGCAGGAACUAUUUCAACAUUCUGGACCUGGUGGUGGUCAGCGUUUCCCUCAUUUCCUCUGGGAUACAGUCCAGUGCGAUCAACGUGGUGAAGAUCCUGCGAGUUCUCCGAGUGCUCCGACCUCUGCGGGCCAUCAACAGAGCCAAAGGCCUGAAGCACGUGGUGCAGUGCGUGUUUGUGGCCAUCAGGACCAUCGGCAACAUCGUCAUCGUCACCACGUUGCUCCAGUUCAUGUUCGCCUGCAUCGGGGUGCAGCUUUUCAAGGGCAAGUUCUUCUUCUGCACCGACAACUCGAAACAGACGAAGGCCGAGUGCAGAGGCAACUACAUCAAGUACAAGGACGGCGACGUGGCCAAGCCCGAACGAGCCCUGAGACAGUGGGAGAACAGCGAGUUUAACUUUGACGAUGUGCUCCAAGGCAUGAUGGCUCUGUUUGCGGUGUCCACUUUUGAGGGCUGGCCGGGGCUCCUCUACCGGGCCAUCGACUCUCACACCGAGGACGUGGGUCCCAUCUACAACUACCGCGUGGUCAUCUCCAUCUUCUUCAUCAUCUACAUAAUCAUCAUCGCCUUCUUCAUGAUGAACAUCUUCGUGGGUUUCGUCAUCGUCACCUUCCAGGAGCAAGGCGAGCAGGAGUAUAAGAAUUGCGAGCUGGACAAGAACCAGCGUCAGUGUGUCGAGUAUGCCCUGAAGGCCCGCCCCCUUCGCCGGUACAUCCCCAAGAACCCGUACCAGUACAAGGUGUGGUACGUGGUCAACUCCACCUACUUUGAGUACCUGAUGUUCACGCUCAUCCUUCUCAACACCAUCUGCCUGGCCAUGCAGCACCACGGUCAGACGAAGAACUUCAACGACGCCAUGAACAUCCUCAACAUGCUCUUCACGGGGCUCUUCACCGUGGAGAUGAUCCUCAAGUUGAUCGCCUUCAAACCCAGGGGGUACUUUAGUGAUCCCUGGAAUGUGUUUGAUUUCCUCAUCGUAAUUGGCAGCAUAAUAGACGUCAUUCUCAGUGAAAUCAACCCAGCUGACUCCUCCUCGUCCUCCUCCUCUUCGUCCUCCUCCUCCUCCUCCUCCUCCUCUCACCCCCCUGUGGUAAGACCAAUGGGCCUGCAGAACUCUGAAGAGAACGCCCGGAUCUCCAUCACCUUCUUCCGGCUCUUCCGUGUGAUGCGUCUGGUGAAGCUACUCUCCCGUGGGGAAGGGAUCCGGACGCUACUGUGGACCUUCAUCAAGUCCUUCCAGGCUCUACCUUACGUCGCCCUGCUGAUUGUGAUGCUGUUUUUUAUUUACGCCGUCAUUGGCAUGCAGAUGUUUGGCAAGAUAGCGCUGCGGGACCACACGCAGAUCAACAGGAACAACAAUUUCCAGACGUUCCCCCAGGCAGUGCUGCUGCUCUUCAGAUGUGCCACAGGCGAAGCGUGGCAGGAGAUCAUGCUGGCGUGCUCGCUCUAUCGGCCGUGCGAGAAAGGAUCCACCAAUGAGAACGUCGCCAUCCAGGAGGACUGCGGGAGCCAGUUCGCCAUCAUCUACUUUGUCAGCUUCUACAUGCUCUGUGCCUUUCUGAUCAUCAAUCUCUUCGUGGCUGUCAUCAUGGACAACUUUGACUACCUGACGCGGGAUUGGUCCAUCCUGGGGCCGCAUCACCUUGACGAGUUCAAGAGGAUAUGGGCCGAAUACGACCCGGAAGCAAAGGGGAGGAUCAAGCACCUGGAUGUGGUGACUCUGCUCAGAAGGAUCCAGCCCCCGCUCGGCUUCGGGAAGCUCUGUCCUCACCGGGUGGCCUGCAAGCGUCUGGUCUCCAUGAACAUGCCGCUGAACAGCGACGGAACCGUCAUGUUCAACGCGACGCUCUUUGCGCUGGUCAGAACGGCACUGAGGAUCAAGACAGAAGGGAAUCUGGAGCAGGCCAACGAGGAGCUGAGGGCCAUCGUGAAGAAGAUCUGGAAGAGGACAAGCAUGAAACUGCUGGAUCAAGUGGUGCCACCUGCUGGCGACGACGAGGUCACGGUCGGAAAGUUCUACGCCACCUUCCUCAUUCAGGAGUACUUCCGCAAGUUCAAGAAGAGGAAAGAACAAGGGCUGGUGGCCAAAGUGCCGCCCAAAACGGCCCUCUCCCUGCAGGCGGGCCUGCGGACGUUGCACGACAUCGGUCCGGAAAUCAGGAGGGCCAUCUCCGGGGACCUGACGGUGGAGGAGGAGGUAGACAAAGGCCCGAAGGAGCCCGUAUCGGCCGCAUCCGAGGACGAUAUCUUCAGGGUAAAGCGGUCAGGCGGCUUGUUCGGAAACCACGUCAACUAUUACAACCAGAGCGACGGCCGCGCCUCCUUCCCGCAAUCGUUCACCACCCAGCGUCCCUUGCACAUCAGCCAGAAGGGCUCGCCCUGCGAAGGCGACAGCCCCUCCCACGAGAAGCUCAUGGACUCCACCACCUUCACGCCGUCCUCGUACUCGUCGUCGGGCUCCAACGCCAACAUCAACAACGCCAACAACACCGGCAUGGUGGGCGUGGCCCCGCAGGGCGGCGGCCGCUUCCCGGGCUCGUCCGUCAGCACGGUGGACGGCCACGCGGGACAGCCGCUGACGCCCGUCCUGCUGCCCAGAUCGGCUUGGUGCUUCCCUCCCAAGAGGACGUGUUUUUUUGACAACCUCCUUCGCUCCGACUCGAGCGACAGCCGCCUGCCCAUCAUCCGCAGGGGCGAGGGGUCCACGGAGGAGACGUACGACGAAAGCUACGCCGACGAGAGGGAGUUCCAAGAAGACGACCACUCGCUCUCCUCCGACAUGCUGGUGUACCGCGACGACACCUGCAAGCAGCUGACUCCCAUGGAGGAAGGAGACGACAUGGAGGAGAGAAGAGGAGUUGGGGGGUGGCAAUCCCCCAGAAGAGUCUUUCUAUGUCCCACCUCUUUAGGACGGAGAUCUUCGUUCCAUUUAGAGUGUCUGAGGAGGCAGUCGAGGGCGGACGUCUCUCAGAAGACGGCCGUGCCGCUGCACCUCGUCCAUCAUCAGGCGCUCGCCGUGGCCGGGCUGAGUCCGUUGAUCAGGAGGAGCCACUCGCCCACCCUCUUCAGCCGGCUGUGCUCCACGCCUCCGGCCAGUCCCGCAGAGCAAGGCAGCGACGCCUCGUAUCAGCGCGUACCCUCCCUGAGGUUAGAGGGCUCCAACUCCCAUGAAAAGCUCAACGCCAGCUUGCCCUCGGUCAAUUGCGGGCCCUGGUAUACCGACAGUAAUGGGAACAGUCGGGUACCCAGUCCUAGCCCCGCCUCCGGCAUGCCCACAACCAAUCAGAGAGCGGCACGGCCAGUGUCGCUCACGGUGCCCUCGCUAUUGGGCCACGACUCCAGCUCGUCGCACGGCAGCGCGGGAAGUCUGGUGGAGGCGGUGCUCAUAUCAGAAGGCUUGGGCCAGUUCGCGCAGGACCCCUCCUUCAUCGAGGCCACCAAGGCCGAGCUGGCCGACGCCUGCGACAUGACCAUCGAGGAGAUGGAGCACGCCGCCAGCAACAUCCUCAACGGCAACGCCCCCGCAUCGGACGCCACCGCGCCCGUCGCCUCCCAGCACAGCCCCAACGGCAACUUCCACAGGGACAGGGACCGAGGGGCGGAGGAUGGCGGGGAGGCCGGCGGUAACCGAGGCUCCGUCCACGGCCCGUCCUCUGUGGAAGAGCGGCAGGAGCUGCUAGCGGGGGCGCGGGGACAGGAAGAAGAGGACGAUGACGAGGAGGAGGAGGAGGAGGAGGAAGUCGGGGGGAGGGAGGAGGGACACCACCGAAGCUCCGCGGCGAUGGCGGGAGCGCGGCAGAGGACCAGCGGGCUGCUGGAGGACGAGGACAUGGAAUGCGUGACCAGUUUGUAGGGCCUCCGCUGGACGUCUCGCCAUUGGUGGCUGCGUUAGUCCCCGCCCCCUUCACACACGCACCUCUCCUCCGCCCGAGGGAGCGGCUCCGAACAAUGGCGGGCAAGGCGCGUCCCGGAGCGCCACAAAUGCUUUGUACGUCUGAAUGUUUGUAGUAAAGUAUAUCACACUAUACUCUAUAUUACCGGAGUGCGCGCCGGAGUGCGCGCCGGUGUGCGCGCGCGUUCCCCCCCACCCCCUUUGUAUGCACAUUUGCGUGUGUGCGAGUGAGUGUGCGUGUCUCUAAAGUGCCUCACAGUUUUCUCGCGUCCUCAAAAUGACGAGGCGAAGGCAAGAGGAAGGGGAAAAAAAACAUCCGUUGGCCUUUUCGUCUUGUGUUGGGCGAGCGGGGACGGCACGUGCCACGGCGGAGCUCCUCCUCCUCCUCCUCGAUUCACUCGGGAUGAAGCGCUGUAUCGUCAAAAGAAAAAAAAGCGUCCUCCUCUUCCAAAGGAACGCCCCCUCCACUGGGGGGGGGUGCGAGGGAUGGACCGACAGCCGCCAAAAUGGCUGACAAACUGCCCGUUCAGCUCCACCUGGCUUUCUUUCUUUUCGUCACUUCCUGCUCCCAAACAGGAAACGCGACGGGCGGAGAUGCGUGCACCAUUUUUUUUUUUUUUAAAUUCACCUCAUACCUCUCCCUCGCGCCCUCCUUUCGCCAUGCCGCCAUUUUCUUUCGGCGAGGAGUUGGACAGGACUCUGGCUGACCCCCCCAUUCUGUAUUGCCCGCCAUUUUGUUUUUCUCCUCGUGCUGUCUAAUUUAUCUUUUUUUUUUUUUUUUUUUGCACAAUCGGGGUGCUGGUCUUUCUAAAUGUACUUUUAGGAGAAUUUUAAGCAGUUUUAAGUAACAAAGCAGGGGCGUAGACUUUUAUUUUGAGGUUGUGUGUCUGCGUCCGUACCAUUUUGCGCGCGUGUGUAUGUACGACGAGGGUUCUUUCUCUCAGUAUGCACCUUUUACAGAUUCUAUCUAUUUAUUUAUUUAUUCCCCCCCCCCCCACCACCAGAGGAGAGACGUGAGUGUGUGUGCGUGUUUUGAGCGGUUUACCUACGUACGCUUCAGUGAAAAAGAUUUUUAAGCCUAGACAAUAAUUUAAGGUAGCAUUAAAACAAGUGUACGUGCGUGCGUGUGAACGGGCCUCAAAAAGGGGUCACCGCAGACGGGCAUGCUUCCAAAGCGUUUGAACGUUCGGACUUUUCGCAUUUUAAUCGGCACGGAUUUGGGGGGGGGGGGGGUUCUCUUCUGAGGUAGACAGAUUUUUCUUAAUGAUUGUGCUGAAAAAAAAAUAGUCAUGAAUGCAGUGAAAGGGCCGUAACACACUGUUAUCAUUGAUACGAGUCGUCUUUCUCUUCAAACUAACUCUUAGGGCUGAGUUUAAAGAUGCUGCAAGAAUUUUAAAUCCAUCGUGAAACAUCUUAGAGGAAGUGAAGUUUCAGGGUUUUUUGGGGGUUUUUUUUAAGUGUUUAAUUCGGGGUGAGGGGGCAUGCGGAUUUUGCCAAUCGUCAGUUGGAGUUUGUAGCAAGGAGGUGCGCCAGUGACAGAUUUGGAAAUAUUUUCAAGCAGUAUUUUAAGGGCGUCAUUUAAAGUUUCAUCAUUGUAGCUUCGUAGCUCGUCACUUUUUUUUUUUUCAAAAUAAAAGUGAAAAAUGCUUUAUAAACUACCAAACAUGCUCAUGAAACCAAUUCAAACUCACCAAAUUUUCAAACCAAAAAUGAGAAUGAAAUCAAAAUUAACUCACAUGAAAAUUCCCAAACUAUUAUUAGCCUGCUAGCAAGAUGUACGCAAGUUUGUCUUGAUUCUCGCGCGUGCGCUGUGACUCCCCGUUGCCUCUCGAGGACGAAACCCACUCAAACCUGGAGUCAAAGAUCGUAUUUGCCACCCCAUGCCCCCCAAAGAAAACGCCACCGCAUGUCGCUCUCAUAGCGGCAAUUAGCCAAAGGUGGCUGCAGUAUUCGGUACUAUUCGCAGCUCUGCGAGGACUUUGUGUGCCAGGAGCACUCUUGUGACAUGAGAAUUAUGCAAACUUAAUGUGAAUGUGAUGUCACGUGGCUGGAAAGCGCCGUCUGCAAUUGUGAGGUUUUUUUUCUGUUGCUUGCUUGCGCUUAUUUGCAGCUUUGUUCGAAUGGAUAACUUUCACUUUUUGAGUUGGAACGAUUUUGACGUAAGGGCCCCCGUUGGAUCAUUCCUCACAUUUGACCCCAAGUAACCCUCUCCAGUAACAGCUAGAUAUGCAAUAACUUUCUGUGCAGUUCCCCCGGCGCGUUUUUUUUUGUUUUUUUUUCCGCAUGCCAGAGAAACCUACCAUACUUGAAAUCAGGUGAGAUGCAGUGUCGUUUACUGACCUGAAAUCAGUUUUGUGUUUUGUUUUUUUGCACCAGUCUGGGUGGCUGAUGAGUGGUUGAUUAAUUUCUCUGGUCAAUAUGACUGACUGGCAGGUGUCGCUCGACGUCAGUGUAGCUGAUAGUAGGGCUGAACGAUUUUGAAAAAUAGCGUAAUGACGAUUUUAUUUUCCCUCGAAUGCGGUCUAAUAUGCCUUUUUUUUUUUUUUUGGUCUUCUUCGCAUGUAUUAUUUAUUUAUUUUUUUGGACAAAUAUCAGCAAUAAAUGAUUCCAGGUUACAAUAGACGUACAUCUAGUUUUGGUCAUUUCAUAAAUUUGAGGCUUAACGCGAAAAAAAUGAACAGUGAAUUAUUAUUAUUAAAGUUAAAAUACAGUUUCCCCUAUAAAUAUGUUAAUAAGAAAUAUACGUUGAAAAAAAAUAAAGGCAAUUGACCGACCAAAGUGAGCCUCACUUUGGUCGGUCAAUUGCCUUUAGUUGGAGCCUUUUCGAUGUGAACAUUGCGAUUUGAAUUCAAUUAAUCGUUCAGCCCUCCUCCUUGGUUAGUGUACAUAAGGCAGUUGAUAUUCAAUGAAGGCAUGAUUUUGCAUAUCUUGAAGAGGACACCAUUUUUUUUUUUAUCCUACUCCCAAUAUCAAACUUAUUUAAAGCCCCUCUCCAAAGCAUAUAUCGAAUAGUGCUGAUCCUUCAAGCCAUUACUUAUAAAGGAAAGUGACUUAUUUAUUGAUUCUGAUAUUUCCCAAUGGGAUUUUCAGAUAACGCUGUUUAGGAAUGGCCAUCCGGCGAUAUUUUCUUGAUCACUCAGUUAACUGACAGGAAGGGAGAUUUCGCUCUCUCUUCCUCUCUGAAUGUUCUGUUCUCCUGCUUCCACACGUGACGAGGCCAACUCAAACAGUUCUACACAAUCUACAGUGGUGCCUGGAGAUAAGAGUGACACGACUAUGGAGUUUAUCGUAAAAGGGGGUUGUCGUCGGUUUUAUUUUUUCUUUUUUUUUUUGCUUUGACUCGUGGGCAAAAAUUUGAGAUGAGCGCGCUGCAUGGUGGCAACUCAACUCCACUAAAAAGCAGCAGCGUGACAGAAAGAUGACAGAUAUUAUAUUUACAACGGUGUGACUUGGCCUUUAAGUCUGCCAGUUCAAAGCUAAUACAUAAUGGCGAAACAUUCUUAACUGGCUAAUGAAUAGCAUCUGCGUGGCGGUGUCGUAAGACUAAGCAACGAAUAUAACAAUGUUUACGGGUAUAUAUAUAAUCUUUAUUUUGGCGAAAAACAGCGAAUAUUACUGCAGAUUAAAUGAGUCACUCAGUAGUUUGUGUCUGUGUGACUGUACUCUGCUGCCCUCCGGUGGCCAAGUCAAGCACACCGGGAGUCGAAACUUUACUGCCAUUUUCCUUAUUUAAAAAA